UGGUUAGGUCUUUUACUAUGGCUUAAGCGGGGAAGUCUCCUCAGAGGUCAGAAAACGAAGAAAUUGAUACAAAACAAUGGCCUGUGCCUUCGUUUCACUCGUAUCCAUGGCAAGUCCCUGAUUCACUUCUAACUCCCAAAGCAGGGAAUACAGUGAGUGAUAUCCGACGGGAGACCGUAGACUGAACUGAAACCUACACUCUUUCUUGUGUGUAAUGAGUAGCUACUAGUUAGAAUGAAUUCUUAUCGGUCUUUAACACCAACUCCUCUUAGUUCCCUGCGGGGCUGUUACACGUGCCCCCGUCCGGGAAGGAAACUCGUCGUUUGUCGUAGCCGCGCUUUUGUUCGGCCUCCAGUUAGCCGGUAACGAAUUGGCUGGCUUUGUAGGGCGGAAAAUCGGAAGCGACUCUCAUCUCCACUUUUUUUCAUCGUGGGCUUUAGCCACUCGCCCUAACUACUCAAGUAAAAGUAGGCCCUUUAGCACUCGCCCUUAAUUAAGGAGAUGGAGAGGAAGCAGCCUGGUUCGAGCACCAAAGACCUUCCAGCUGGGGUUCUCCGCUCCUGCUUCCAUCUCCAUCUCAUUCCGAGGGGACCGGGUAGAUCAAGACUAGGAGAUAGGAUCCCCAAUUCGAUGGACGAGAAGAAAUGGAAUCAAUACACUCGAUCCAUUGCUUCCACCCCUCUCCGAUGCAGCCAGCCCGGGACCCGGACUCGGAUUGAAGCCACUGUAGUUCAGAUACAGCCUUACGACUGACUGAGUGAAGGUUGGUUGGGAAUAUUUCGCUUUACUUAGAUGAUAAUCUAAAAAGGCCCCAUUAACUUAAAAAAUAGAAAUCAUAUCGAAACGAUCGGGUACGACUGGGAAAAGAGAGACUGUCUGGGGAGCAAGCUACGGCUUCAAAGCGCUUACGUAGGCUAGUAAGGUGCGUUAGCCAGCAAGCAGCAAGCAACGACCUAUUACGUUACGUGAACACAUUUUUACGAGUCCCGUGAGCCGGCGAGAAGAGUUUUAGUCUUAUAAAAGCAUUGAAGGGAUAAGACUAGUCUAGAGCCAAAGUAGCAGUAGGCAUAGAAGCUGUCUUAGGACCGAUACUAGCUCUUUAUGUCUAGCCUGUUGCUGGUAGCUCUAUGCUAGCAAGAGCUAGCCGGUCUCAAAAGCCUAAUUCCUGAAAGAAUGGUAUUCGCUAGCCUUUCAACCAUCGACAUAUCUGUUCCCCGAUCCUUCCACACCCGAGCAAACCAAGUCACGUUGCAGGACCUGCUCUCGCAUUUCUUUCAUUAGAAAACUCCAGUUCGUGAUCCUUUGUCUUCAACUAGCGGCUUUGAUCUUCUCUUCCCGAUUCCUAUACCAUACGCAUCUAUCCUCAUUUAGAGCAAUGCUGUGUCCAUCUUCUUGAACUAAAGGACAUACGCAAGUUUCAAGUCGAAUUCCAUAUCCAUCCCACAGACAAUUAUGAACCAAAAAGAGCAGGAGCAGGUUCGGGCCCAUCUAGCUCAGCUUUUUAUGGCGAGACAAGACAAGCAAAAGCCAUAGGGCUGGCAUUGAAUGGUACACCCCCUUAGCUCGUUAGGACAGGGAGUCUUAGUAUUCGUAGCACUCAUAAGAAUAGCCUCGUCAGAUAGAAAAAGAUUGACGCUACCCUUUUCUUUAUCUUUUCCCCUUUGCCCGUUUUUGACCGAGAAGAGAACCCGCUAUAUCCCGGGGAAGAAAAGUCUGUAUCCAAGCUAUCCCAGUCGUGAAUAAGGAAAGAAAGACAUUAUGGUCCGUAAUAGAUAAGCAGAAAAAGUUGCUAUUAACCAAGAAGGGGACCCCCAGCUUUCAUCUAUCCAAACUAUGCUAGGGUAAUUGUAGUAGAAGCUAAGCCAAUAGCGUUGGGCUUUCAUCUUUAAGAGCUAUCUUAACUUAAGUAAGGGACCAACUGAUUGAAGCUUAAAAACACGUCUUUCCAUUCAUAUGAUCCCAUUCAAGGGGCUAUGCUAAUAGUAAACCAAGCUUUAUCCGCGCCAGGAUAGGAUGUUCACUCAUCAAUCGAUCAUAUUUGCCUUUCUUCUUUCUAACUCUUCCACUAAGAUUUGAAGCAGAUGGAAGAGAAGGCAUUUACUGCAUACUGGGGUGCUUUCUCCCGAUUACUUAUUAACAAUUUCCUUCCACCAGCGUGUUAGUAUGAUUUUUUCUUACCUACUAAAGCAGUCAAUCACGCUAUCCUUCCUUACCCUUCAACCAACCCCUUCGAUUCCGUUUCUGCAGCAGUAUAGUUUAUCGCCCCCUUACCUUGAUGCCUACAGCUCAAUUUGUUUUCCAGUAGUGAUGGCAAGAAUCCGCGAAAAAAUGUUAUUUAUCCUUUUUUUUGUGUUCUUUCUGAAUGGAGCUACACGAGGGAAAGCUCAGCUUUCUACUCUGCCGCAAAAGGGGGCCGCUUUCUUCUCUCAAAAAAUGCAAGUUCCGCCAUCCGGGCCCAGCAAGCAGCAGAAUUAUGUUCCAAGGCUUCGUUCGUUUCAUUCCAGCAAAAGCAGUAUAUGGUUCGAAGCGCCUUGUUCCAUCCGGCGAGAAUCCCCUAAAUUCUUUUACUUUGAAAGGAAAUACACCUCUGUAGGAGGCCUAAGACGAAGAAACGCAGUUGCUCGAUUGAAAGGUGAGGACGCAGAACUUCCCUUUUGGCUUUCUUCCGCUAGGAAAUUGGACUCUGACUGAGUGUGGAUGACCGACUUGGCAUUCUCAGCCGGCCUCCUUGCUACGUUGAAAGAACACAGGGAGUGGAGCGGCCCGUCUGAGUACAUAAGAGAUUGUUCCCCAGAAGAGGUUGUUGGAGAAGUCCCCGGAUAGGCAGAUCCGGAUAAACGAAAGGGGCUUGUCCUCACUUACUUGAGCAAGGAAUGAAAGACUCGCUUGCUUAGCGCAGGACGGAACAAGAAAGGAAAGAAAAAGAGAAAGACCCAUUAUUCAACUAAGAGAAAAGCAAGUAGCACAAUCCCCUCACCUAGGGAGAAGACCCCUUCUGAUUCUUGUACGUAUACUAGAUCUGUCUGGAUUGGAUCUACUAGAAGAGGCAUCACUCGAGUGAUGCCUCUAUUUAUGUAGGCAGGAGGAGCGACUGGGCUCUCUCGAUUCAUAGCAACUGGGAGAGGGGAUGGCGGAACUUCAACCAGUACUUGUCUGGCAUGGCCGGU